AUGCUACGUUAUAACAACCGUAGUUGGUUUACUUGUGCGGAAUACAAAGAAAAGUUGCUACCCCAUUGGCGCUUUAUAUAUAGUAUCUGUACCAAUACAGAUAAGGUAGAACGUAGCAUAUCCCUUCUCUCGGAAAGCGACUUCAAAUUAGCCGACCAAACCGUCAUCCCUUCCAACAAGUCUAAUCUUCAUUUCAAAACGGCCUUCUCACUUUUUGAUAUUCCCUCCAUCCUUCAAUUGGUACUAACCUACUAUCCUUCGAAUCAUCAACUACCAUAUUUUCCAAUCGCUACGUCUAAGACUCUCGAGGCUCUUGGAGCUCUGAAGCAAGCUCUCCCUAGUAGUAGUAUUUGGGAGCCAGGUUCUGAAGAAUAUGAAGAGAUUAACUCCUCAUAUUUGUCUGGACUAGAGAGUGACCUCGAGCCUGCAUUUAUCUUCCAACCCCAGGCCAAAGAAGAUAUUAGUAUCUUCUUAAAGACGAUAAAACCAAUAGGCGUCGAGUUCGCCAUUCGUGGCGCUGGGAUGCAACCACUUCCGGGCUCCGCCAAUAUCCAAGGAGGCGUUACCCUUGAUCUUCGACGUCUCACCGGCAUUGAUAUCAAAGAUGGCUUUGUCCAAAUAGGGGCAGGCGAGCGCUGGGGUAAGGUGUAUGAAAAGCUAGAUGCCUCCGGGCUCUCUGUAACUGGUAGCCGCUCAGCAAUAGGGGAUAUCGGUGGACUAGCACUUCAGGACGGCCUAUCUUUCUUCUCUACUCGCGGGGGAUUCAUUUGUGACAAUGUGCUCAACUUCGAAGUCGUUUUGGCCUCGGGUGAGAUUGUUAAUGCUAAUGCCAUAGAUAAUGAGGACUUGUGGCGUGCUCUGAAAGGAGCAGGAAAUAAUCUCGGGAUUGUGACUCGUUUCGACAUAUGGACCUUCAAACAAGGGCCUAUAUGGGGCGAUACUGUGUUUUACUUCCCUUCAAGCUUCCCAAGUCAGCUUGAAUCCCUGGUUAAGGAACUCCACAAACCGAAUGCAAGCAAAGAAACACAUCUAAUGUUGAGCAUUGGCUAUUCAUCCUUGGUAGGCAACAGCAUCAUGUGUUUAAACCAGCCCUAUUACACUCAGGCAGUCGAAAACCCACCCGAGCUUGAUCCAUUUACCAAAAUUCAACCGCAAAUUGAUGCUCUCAAUAAGAUGCGUCUUCACAGCGUGAAAGAUGCGGCUGCAGAGCAAAGUGCAUCCGGCCAAGAUCGAGUGAGAUGCGCUUAUAUGAAUAUAACAGUCAAAGCGGAUCUUGGGACUCUGAACGCCGCGUCUGAGAUCUAUACGGCUGAGCUUGAACCCCUGAAGGGGGUUGAGAACGUGACACUAUCUUUAACUCUGCAGCCGUACCCAGUUUCAUUAAUGGAACAGUCAACUACACACGGGGGCAAUUCUCUGGGCCUUGAUGCCGCUGGAGGCCCACUCGUCUCGGUUCUUCUUCUUUCCUAUUGGAAGAACAAGGAAGAUGAUAGUGCGGUGCUGGGGAUGAUGAAGGGUGCACUCGGCAAGAUCAAAGCAGACGCAACUGAGCGGAAACAACUAGUUCCAUUCGUCUACAUGAAUUACGCCUUCAGUCACCAGGAUCCUUUAGGUUCGUAUGGUUUUAAGAAUCGGACCAAAUUGCAAGAAGCCAGCAAGAAGUAUGACCCUGACGGUCUGUUCCAAAAAGCGUGCCCAGGUGGCUUCAAACUGUUUUCGUAAGUCGCGGCAUUAGACGCACCAAUGUUACGUGGGAUACAGGAGGACAGCCAGGCAGUAUAAUAUAUAGUAAAUAUAUGAAUUGGACCGUACUAAUCGGUGUUGUCGCCGAGCUGGCGGUCGAUGUGCGUAGGGUUCUUACGUAGAAUCCACCGAAUUCAAG